AUGUCGAGCGAAGAGGAUGAGGAGCUCGGUCCUGUGUGCCACUGUGGCGAAGUGAUGCAGAUCUUGGACUCCUCAGAACGGACGUGGAGCUGUUCAGAGUGCAAGGAGAGGAAGGCGCGCUGCGCGGUGCGCUACACCUGUGACGCUUGCAAUGUCGAGGCCUGCGAUGAAUGUGCAUGGACCUUGGGAGAGGAAGAUGCGAAUUCCACGCCCGAGCCGGAGGAGGGUGAAGAGGGUGACGACGUGGGCGAUGACGGCUAUGAGCGGCACCAGCAAGAGAUGCAGGAGGACUGGGCUUAUUCGGCUUACUAUGUGGUUUGCGAUGGGGAAGCGGAGUGGUGGGACGUGGGCCCUCUCUAUUGCGAGGAUUGGACCGAUGAAUUGGACGCCAACGUUCUGGCCAAGGUUCCAGAUGCCGAGCUCACGGAUGCGGAAAAGAUCAAGGCUGCAGAAGACAUCAAGGUGCAACCCAAGGCCUAUCCCUUACCCAUCUCUUCACCAGGCGCACGUGAAGUGCACGUCCAACAGCUGACCGUCCUUCAGUGGAGCCAGAUCACGCCCAGGCUCCCAGAACGCAUUCCAGCCUGCCAAGCACACCGGCUGCGCUUCUGCCCGCAGGGCGCCGCACAAGAGCAGCUUCAGCCAGAGAUUGCGUCCUCGGAGAUUUAUGCCUACAGCCACUUGGUCGUUCCACUUGGAGUUUUGAAAGACUUCGAUGGCGUGGCGUUGGGGCAAGGGGUAGAACUGCAGUGGAAGAUGCAGAUGGGCAGCCCCUUCGGCUGGUGGUAUGGCAGAGUGGAGCGCAUCGAGCGAGGCGGCAGUGGUGCCGCUGUGACGCUCAUCUUCCCCCACUUCCCCACGAACUCCCGAUGGUAUCGACUAAGGGUCGUCGUGGGGGAUGGCAUCAUUCGAAGAUGCGGAAUUGGCGGAUACCACGGUGGAAUCCGAGCCGUCACGCCGGAGGAAGAGAAGGCGAUGGGUGGGUGGGAUGAGGUGGGUUUCUAUGGGCGAUGGAUCAAGAUGAUGGAGCAAGAUGAUGGAGAAAGUGUGUUGAAGGGGUCUUUUGAGCAGACGUACCAUGUUCGACCAAUGAUGACCAAUGCCGAAAUGGUUGGCAUUGGUCGGUGGUGUUGGCACUUUAGCAAGCCUCCCUUCCGGUUUCGCUUGGGUUGCCUUAAGCCAUUGGGUUUGACCUUUUCAUACCUGGCUUAA